AUGAAUUCAUUCCAUCAUACUCCCUCUAAAGAGAUCCAUGAAAUGCCCGUAUUGAUGGGCGGUGGUCUUGUUAAUACCAUGCCGGCACGGGAUGCCUAUAAGCACUAUGAAGCAUAUAGCGAUGAGCGGUCACCUACUCUCUUGGAGGAACCGUCUAGUCCUGGAAACAUAAACAAACCUUGCUUAUUGCAAAAGGGCGUGAUCGACAAAUGCUAUAAGAGUCGCUUCUAUAGCAGGGCGGUCGAGUUCUAUCUCCUCGAAAACGAUCCCACGUCGUUUAAAAACUGCCGCUGUCUCAUGGAAAAUUGCCCGCAAAACAAUUUCACCGAUGCCAGAUAUAUGUUACUACACCUGAAGGAUUGUAAAUAUUUCUCGCAAGGGAUUUAUCGAUGCCCAACAUGUAACGACGCCGAAAAAUUCCAAACGACCUCCAACAAGAAGUGCUCAUGGGAUCGGCCAAAGAUGAGACAAAGGCUCCAAAAUACGUUCAAGGCUACGGUAGAUACAGUCAAGGGUAUUGUCAGUCCUCGUUCAAUCUCGAGACUUGCCUUUGGACAUUGUAAAGAAUGUGGUCAGACAGUAGCGCAUAAAGAAGAUCCGUCCCAAUGGCCUGAUGUACGCGACAGUCAGUUUUCGACUAGUCACAUUUUCGACCCUGCUGCAAUCAAGAUUCCGCAGGAAAUGCAUGAUACACAGCAAAGAGGAGAACUCAUGGAUACAUCGCUACUUGAACUACAAGCGGCGUCUUUACCUUUGGACCAUAGGGGUGCGGCCUUAGAUCGUUCUGAUCACGGCGAGGUCUCUGAUUGUUCUCUUGCCCCCAGUCCACCAAUAGAGCUACCUUCCGUUAGCCCAGCCAAGACACAUCUUACAUAUGUGUCGCCAACAACCUCUAUUGAGUCUUCAAUGUCAGCCUCCAGCAACGACUCCGAACGUCAAUACCCACCAGCAGAUAGUCAGAGCAUUGAAUUUCUUGAGAGAGCUCUCAACACAGGAGCAAUAUCAAACACCAGUAAUCAUAUGGACCAGGCCUACAACACCUGGCAACCUUCCUCUUUAAUACCACUAUACAACAUUCCAUCCAGCCAUCUAUCCAUGCCUCCCGUACCUCACGAUCAAAGAGGAUUUCGCGAGUCACGAGGUUAUUCCUUAACUAUUCAGACGAAUCAUUUAGAGCCUACUCUGAAUACUCCACACUGGGGGGAUGUAGCUUGUCACAAUGCUAGCAAUGCAGAAGCUAUAAACAUCGUAAAUGUAUCAGCCCUCGAGAACGUGCCAUCGUCUAUGUCCUCGAUAGACAUGCUAUCGCUUUCGAAUCUUGAUGAAUACACUUGUGUAGGGAAACGAGAUGCCCUCCGAGAUAUUAUGUUUCUCAACAGUCUUUCCUCCCCAGACUCGGCAAUUCCGCCUUCAAGCACCGAGCAAUCGACAGGCUCAGAUUUAUCAGACUCGUCAAAUGAAAGUCAGCAAUGUCCCUAUUGCGAGUACAAGCCUAAGGGCAAAAAAGAAAAUGCGAAAGCUUAUCUCAAUAAGCACAUGUCUACCCACGGGAGCCCUAGUUAUAAGUGCGAGUACUGCGAAAAAGUCUACAGUCGACGAGACAAUCGAGGAGUCCAUAUCAGUAAGCAUCACAGGUCCCAAGAUGAUUCUAGGAAAAGGCGCAAGGACUCUGAUAGUCUCGAGCCAGAAGACCAUAGGAGUAAGAGAAUCCUAUAUGACGGAUCGGGCCAAGAAUAUUUUUAA